AUGCAUAUUCGGGUGUUUUCUGAGUUGGUGAAUAGGAGCAGGGUGGCGGAGGAUUGUGGCAGAAGGGCCGCAGCAGAAAAAGGGAGUUUGAGGAUGCCAUUCCAGAGGACCACAGGGAGGAACUUUGCACCCAGAGGCAGACAGUUCAAGUACGGUGGCUUUGUCCCUCAGAACAAUCAGGGGCAAGGCAGCUCCAGGAGGCCUAAUACUAGUGCUAAUCAGGGAAGGAGACAGGGGAAGCAGCCACAGCAGGAUAUGAGUUGCCACAGAUGUGGAAAGUAUCACUCAGGACCAUGCAAGUUUGGGAUUGGAGUCUGUUACUUCUGUGGGCAGCCGGGACACUUGGCUAGUAGUUGCCCCGAGAAGAAGGGGUAUGAGACAGGCAGGGUGCAACAACCAGGAAGGGUAUACACCACUUCUUCUAUAGGCACUGAAGGGUCAGAGCCAUUGAUCCAAGGUAAAUGUGAGAUGGCAGGUAAAACUUUGAAUGCUUUAUUUGAUUCUGGAGCUUCACAUACUUUUAUUGCAUUUGAGAAGGCUGAUGAUUCGAGUACAAGGGCGCGAUUUCGUGCAUAA